AUGUGGCUAAGAGAUGAAAUCGGGCUGAUCCCGUGUCCCGAAGCCCGGUAUAACCGGAGUCCCAUAGUCCUGGUUGAAAACAAACUGGGGGUGGAAAGCUGGUGCGUGAAGUUCCUCCUGCCGUAUGUCCACAACAAGCUCCUUUUGUACAGGACGAGAAAGCAGUGGCUGAACAAAGACGAAUUGAUAGAUGUCACAUGCACCCUGCUGCUUCUAAACCCAGAUUUCACCACUGCAUGGAACGUAAGAAAAGAGCUGAUCCUCUCUGGCACUUUAAAUCCGAUUAAGGACUUACAUCUGGGAAAACUGGCCUUAACUAAAUUUCCAAAGAGUCCAGAAACAUGGAUUCACAGGCGGUGGGUGCUACAGCAGCUCAUUCAGGAAACCUCCUUGCCUUCCUUUGUGACGAAAGGAACCUUAGGAACACUUCCUGCAGAAAGGACACAGAGACUGAUCCGAGAAGAGAUGGAGGUGUGUGGAGAAGCGGCAGGGAGAUACCCGAGCAACUAUAAUGCCUGGUCCCAUCGCAUCUGGGUCCUGCAGCACCUGGCCAAGCUAGACGUCAAGAUUCUUCUUGAUGAACUGUCUUCUACUAAACACUGGGCAUCCAUGCACGUUUCAGACCACAGUGGAUUUCACUACCGCCAGUUUUUGUUAAAGUCUUUGAUUAGCCAAACUGUGAUAGAUGGUUCUGUAUUGGAGCGGAACCCUUUGAGAAGUGAGCCAGCUCUAGUUCUUGCAAAAGAUGAAGAGGAAGCAGCGUCAACUGAGGAAACAAGGAUAAAUCUUCCCCAUCUUCUAGAAGAAGAAGUUGAAUUCAGCACUGAUCUGAUUGAUUCCUAUCCAGGACAUGAAACCCUUUGGUGUCACAGGCGGCAUAUUUUCUACCUUCAGCAUCACUUACAUGGUAGGUUUCCUUGCAGUGUGACCCUGUUGUCACCUGCAGAUAGCCCUGGGGGGACUUCAAGUGACUUGCACCUCAUCCCAGGAGGCCCCCACAUGUCUCAGGCCAUGGAGGUGGAUGGGCUGAAUGACUCUAGCAAGCAAGGCUAUUCCCAGGAAACCAAACGCCUGAAGCGGACCCCAGCUCCAGACUCUCGGGGCCUGGAAAUGGAGCAUAGGUUCAUCGAUCAAGUAUUGUCCACCUGCCGGAACGUAGAGCAGGCCAGGUUUGCCAGUGCCUACCGGAAAUGGCUGGUCACGCUGAGUCAGUGAAGGAGGCGGAGUCGUCCUGCAGGGCCCCCCUCUCAGUGCAAUAUUGCUUUCCUUUCUGACACAGUCGCAUGAGUUGUUUGGGGCUAUGUGUUCUUCAUCUUUAGGUUAAAAGUCCGUAGUAAAUCUUUCAUUUUUAUUUAUUUUAUUAAGAACUGGCAUUCCUUUGGGGAUAAAACAACUAUGUAGUUUCUUCCUGCUAAACAGUGAGUCUUAAUUUUCUUCUUCUCAUCCUUUAUAUUUCUAUUUGUGAAGCUUCUUCUCAUUUGGUUCUCCUAAUUGGUUCAUGGACACAUCCACCCACCUCAGUGCAGUUGCUGUAUAGGCUAGUUUUUUUCCCAGAUAAAAAUUUAAGUUGUAGUUAGUUCAGCCUUACAAUAGUACAAGCUCAAAAUAACUCCAUCUAAUUAUUGUUUUAAGAGUCAAAUGGCCAGAUAGAUGGGAUUUGCAAAAAUAUCAUUUCUCUUUCUCAAGUUAACAACCAAUGUAACCAAAGUCAGAAGUAUUGGAAUUUAUAUAAAAAACAUGCUUCCGAUGUGUAAUCCAUUUUAAAGUGAUUAUUUUAAAAGAAAAACUAAUUUUAAGAAUUUAUGUAAUUGCAGUACUGGGAAAUUAUUUUUAUUACUAGUUUUGAUAGAUUCUUCUUACCUCAGAUUUGGUAUGGGCCAAAAACACCCAUGUUAGCCCUUAUAAAAAUCAUUUUUUUAAAACCUGGAAUGCCAUUUUUAGUUAUUACUAUUUAUUUUCCUUUUAAAUUCACCAUGAAAAGUAAAAUAUGCAUGGAAAUGUAUCCAUAAAAAGAUCUUCAUUUUUAAAAAUUUAAGUUCUUGAGGAUACACUUAAACCACAAAAUUUUUAUGAAGUGGUUAUUAAAAAUUUGCUGGCAAAAGCCAGGGGGGAAGAAUAGAUUUUGAAGGUUAGGUCUUCACUCUUUAUUUAAAAAAAAUAAAACAACUUGAUGACUUUGAUACUACACUUAUCAGGGAUGAGAUACCAAAGUAGCCACAGCACGGCUGUAUCUUGUCUUCUCAGUAGUAAGCGUGGGUGUUUUCAGGUCUGUGAGGCCGGCUGGGGAAAGGGCCAGCUGCGGUUUACUUUCUUCAUAUUUCCCCCUUUGUAAAUGGUCUCUGUUUGUUCCUUCCUUUCCACCUAUCUUCUCUUCAUUUUCCCAAUCCAGUCCAUAUUUUUUGAUACUUUCACUGUCCUAUGUUUUUCCUUAAUUGUCUAAUUUUAAGGAUGUGUUCUGAAGAUACUCUCCGUCCUCUUUUCCAGCGAAUUUCAUACCCCAUUAAACACAAACACACACAACAUUCAUAUGAACUGCCCUUCUCAAAGUUACCCUCACGAUGGAAACUGCCUCUUGUCCUAAAUGCGCACGACAUCAUGGUGGCAGAAGUGAGUGACCGCCAUGCUUCGCUUGUUCUCUUUCUCACUUGCUGGGUCACCUGUAGCGUGAGGGGACAGGCAUAAAGGCAGACUUCUAGCUUAUAUUAUGGAAACCUUGGGCUUGAGUGAGGCACAUUGCCGCAAGCUUAGGGAAAGAGUAAGUUCUUUAUUUGUGCAUCAUGAUUUUGUUGAGGAGCAAACUUUCAGGUGAGACUUUAGGACACCAGAAAAACUGUCCAGCCUGGCCCUUGUAGACGGAAACUGCUCUUCUCUUUGGGGGCAAAAUUAACUUUUUAUAGUUUUCAUAGUAUUUAGGAAUAUCAGAAAAUAAUUGCCAUUAUGAACAUAAUUCCAUGACCCUUUGUGUACAAAGCGUAUUUUGAAUCAAAUACCUCACGCAAGGUCUGCCUAGAGCUCUGUGGAUAAAACCAUUAGUUUAUCAUUUUUGGCACCUGCAAGGGCAUGAUGGGGAGACUGCACGGAGAGGACACAAGAGACUCAGCCCAUUCCACUGGAUACCUGUCGCCAGAUCCUGGCCUCACUCUGUGUUCCCUUUUUUUCCAAGCGUCAUUUUAAGUAUCCCAAGUAAUAGGGCUUCUUCUGCUUUGAUGUGAGAGUGUCAGGACUGGAGUGUAGCCAACACCCUGUGAGACAGCAGCUCAGUUUGACAUGCCUUUUUCUACCCUCUACAAAGUAUCCUGCCCACCUGUGAGGUUAUCUGCUGUCAUGUGGUUUCAGGUCCUUAAUCCACCCCUUUAUGAAGCCAUGCAGUCCUUUAGGAUACCUUUGUCUCGUCUUCCUAAUAAAGUGUUGAGUAGGGAGUAAAAACACAAAUAUCCAAAGGAUACUUACCGUUUGUGACUUUUGUGUGCUACUUUAUUUCUAAUGUCUGCAUUUUUCAAGUGUUCAUUCACAGAAAAACCUAGUAUUGCCCUAUAUGGUUGUGUUUUUUCCUAAAUGGUUGAUAUCUAAACUCAUUAGCUAUCGUAUGGUAGUAUUUCUUUGACUGAAUGACUUCAUGCAGUGGAAAGGAUGUGUCUGUUUUCAGGGACUUGUUAGUCUUUUUCUUUCUAUAAAUACGUCAUUGUUGAAAGGAAAAGAUAGUUUAGAUUGACACCCUUCAUCAGACUUUUCAUUGGAAGACUAGUAGGCCAUCAUACUGUCCUGUGGGUCAAGAAUACUACUGACAAGCCAAAAGCAAUAAGAUCUAUAAAUACCUCCACCACCAACUUCCUCCCCAACCCCACCUUUUUUUAAGUAGACUUGUUUUGGUAAUUUGGUGUUUCCAGAUGCUGCUGUGUGCCUUGCACAUGGUGAGGACUCCUUAAAUAUUUACCCAGUUAAUAAGUGAUUCACUCAAGAAAGGAAAGAUUGAUCAUGAGGAAUGGAUAGAAUAAGUUAUGAUUCAGAAACCGAUAGAUUAGAGCAAUGGAUGAUAUAUUCUAGCAUCAUGAUACUACAGGUGGGCUAUUUCAUACAGAAUUAAGUUAAUUUAGAUCAUUCUUCAUCAUUGAACUACCUUGCUUAAAGCUUGUUAAAUCCCAGCCAAGAAAUGCUGCUCUAUAACUCUGAAUUAACUAUACUUUAAUACAUAUUAAAAAUUCACAGAACAAAGCUCGUUUGCAUUAAGAACACCACUUUCUGUUCAUUUAUGAUAUUGGAAGGCAGAUCUUGCCAACAGAGCCAGAGACACUUUGGGGCAUUUGAAGAAAUUCUUUGAUUUCAAAGACAUUUUGAUCUGUAUUUGUGCACGAAUAGUCAUUUUAUGCUUCUCCUUUUCUACUCCCCAGCUUGAACUGUAGACCUUUUAGAUAUUUCUUAAACCUAUGUGAGUCAUUCUUUUCUCUUAAAUUUAAGGAUUAGCUACCUAUUAAUUUCCCCUUUUUCUUUUAUAGGUUUUAGCAUUUUUAUUACCUCUUUGGAAACUCUGGGCCCAGACUCUGAGUCAUAUUCCUUAUUCCUAUGGUACGGUUCUGAUUAAAGGCUUCAUUAUUAAUAGGAUUACAUGUAUAAUGUUGUCACUAAAACCCAUUUAAAUCUUCAGAUAGGGCUUAUGUGACACAAGGUGUGAAAACAAAAGUUCCUUGACUUUUACGUGGCAGUUUGUAGGAAAACAUAGACUGUACGAUUUAGAUGUAUUCAGGUCAUGUCAAUUCAUGCUUAUUAUAUAAGGAGAACUUUUAAUAUUGUUGAGAACACAUUAUCAUUAGUAAUUUUCUGUAGCACAAGGUAGUGUCUGACAUGGGCUAAAUACUAAUUUCGGAGCUCACUGCCACUUACUGUACAACAGUCCAAUCAGUAUCUUAGUCCCUCUUAAUUACAGAAGAUACUAAAGAUUUAGUUAUAAAAGGAAAUAACGUAUAUUCUUUGCAGAAAGUUUUUGUAAGCUGACAUUUAUUUUGUUACUAGAAAAUUAUAUUUUAGAACUUUAAGACAUUUAAAAAAUGCUAGAAAAUUUGAACAGCAUUAUUAAGAACUUUGGUCUUCUGAGUAAACGUCUCCAGUCGAACUGUGCAGCCCGGGUCCUUGACGCCUGCUGCCCCCCACCCCCCACCGUGCCUGGGUGCGCGCUUGCUGUGCUCCUGACCCCUGGGGAGGUGUGUGGAGGCACAGCAGGGCCGAGGCACAUGCCAGGGCAGGAAGGCAGCGAGCGGGGAAGCUCACCCCUGAGAAUCCUGCUUGUGACACGGUGUCUUUAAAAACUAGCUGUACGUACUGUGUUAAUUUGAGUGCCUUUCGUAUUUCUGGAGGGAGCAAGGUUGAUGUUUAGGUAGAAGACAAAGGAUGGAAGUUUUAUCAAACAGUUGAUUGUAACUCAUUUUAUUUAUUCCAGUUGCUAGGCACAGGCCCGUGGAGGUUUUUAUCCAUUCAUGAGAUACUGAUAUGAGCAGGUAGGAUGCUUUGGUUUGUAUUUCUUAGUUAGCAUGUUUAAGCACCCUACCAGGAAGAAUUAGUUCUUUCCCUAUGACAACUGACUUUUUGGGGAUUGGAGGCAUUGUAUUUAGAGUGUGGAUAAUUAGAGGUUAGCCUGAAACCGGUGCAGCCCACAUGCAAGGGAAACAGUGACAUUGUGUCCUAAAAGAAAGUCUGUAUAGUUCUCCUAAAUGGGUCCUUUGCCUCACUUUAAGGUUUUUACGAAUUCCCUCCCAAAAUCUGUGUUGGAGGAAAAGAAGUAAAUAGAUGAAAUUUAAAAUAUGGCAUUUUAUAUAUUUGGUUAUGGAGAGGGGAGGGAAAGAGAGUCCGUAUUUCAAGAUUCCUGGUAACUUUUAAUUAUAAUUUCAUAAAAAUAUACAGCUAAAGAUUCCAAAGUGCUUUUCAGAGGGCUAUUGAAUAAUAUAUUCCUAAGUGGCAGCAAUAUGUCAUAGUUCAUAAGAGAGACAGAAAACCAUUGUGUCAGGUGUGUGUGUGUGUGUGCGUGCGUGCGUACGCGCGCUUUAGGGGGCACCUCUGGCUCUCAACUUGGACAUCGGUGUUCUCGUUAGGUCAUGUUAACACUGUAAAACCAAACUCUUUGCUAAAAAAAAAAAAAAUAGCAGUAGCUUAGUCUGCUGAUGAAACUUUGUGCUUCCAAGAAUAUUAGCUCUAUAUAGGUUGUGCUUUUUGGACAAUAGUGUGGUCCACAAGGCUAACCCUGGCAUUUCUUCUUUAAUCUGUUAUUCCUCAGGGCAUAGAAGAUUUAGUAAAUUUAGGACAAAAUUUUAUAUUCAGUGGCAAAUAAGAAAAGGCAAAAAUAUGCUAAGUAUAUUACUAGCUCUUAAAAUUUUAGUAUAGAUAGUAUUUUUUAUAAACCACUAAAAGGUCAGUAGCUCAUAGACGCUCUGUGACUGCCUCACUCUCCAUCUCGCUGCUUCAGGCCCUACGGCUCUGUCCCGAAUGCUCUCUUACACACGUCUUCUGCGGAAACCAUUUCUGUAAUGUGUUGUUUCCCACGGGUGGCAGAGGUGGGGGUGCUUUAGUUGACAUCAUUUUGUUUUUGGAAAUCCUGUUCAGAAACUGAUUGCUGUUGGUUUUCAAACUGACAACUGUUUUGCCCCUUAAAACCUAAGUUCCCUGAAAGUGUUCUCUGUGCAGACCCCGUACGAGUUCAGUAGUGAGUGCAUGGUGGUGCGCACCUUGUAGAAGUCCAUCAGGUCGGAAUCGCUGAAGGCUAGAAAGUGCACACUAGCUUCCCUCUGCCUCGUCACCAUUGCCCGCGUCCGUAGCUUCAGGAGAAAUACAAUAUUGUGCUGAAGGUACAUAAUUGGCUUCAAAACAUGCAAAGCAAGAUACACAGGUGCACCACGUUGUAGUGAACCCUCCAUACUUUCAGGCAUAUAUGUGUGUGUGUUCACACAUAUGUGUGUAUAUACAUUUCAUUGACAUUUGGAACUGGAAUUUAUAUCAUGAUUUUACAGAGAAUUUUGUUUAAAGGGUUUUUAUUUUCAUAUUUGCUUAAAGUGCUCCUAUUUAAAAGCAGUUUUCUUUAUUAAACCAGCCCCCGCAAGCAAAGUUGGAAACCUAACACAAGUGCCAUUCGCCCAAAUUCACCAGAUAUUUGUGUAAACUGUUUAUUUUUGUCUUUGGAUGCUUAGGAACCUGGAAGUUCUGGCUUUUCUUCCAUACCUUUAGGGAAUCCGCCUUAAUUUUGUGUAUGGCCAUCACUUUCCUCAAAGUACUAUGCAGCUUACUUCAAAUGUUUAUUUAUCUUCAUAAAGUGAUCAGUAGUAAUACAUAAUGAGAUUUUUUUCAUGUCCUGGGGUGAGCAGUUUCACACGUUCAGAUAGUGACUCAUACGGCAGUCUACUGGAAGUACUCAUGUAUUUUCUUCCCUCACCAGUGUCAUUAUGCAUUUGAAGCAGGUAUUUUUCUUAUUGGUUAAAGAAUGAGUGUAGACUGAGUGCAGUCAUAGUAGGUGCUCAAUAAAUAUUUAGUCAGUUAUUGAUCUAAUGUCAAAUUAACAGCUUUCAGAAAGGAAACUUGUUAUCUUUUCAUGGAGGAGUAUAUUUUUAGAGUAAUAUAUGUUUGAAAUGGAGAAAUUAUCUCAUUUGACAUGAAUUACUAGGCUUAUUUAGGCUGGAGUUAGUAACAUGCAAUAAAAGUACUGUUUGCAUAGAACAUGGUCUGAAGACAGGAGAUGGGAGAAGUUUAAGCAAGUAUCUUUUUGUGCAAAGCACAUUAAUAAAUGUGAUUAAAUGUCUUAAUAGGCUGCCGAACUCGAGAGAGCGAGCUGCUGUAGACCUCUGCAGUCGGUUUCUAUGUUGGUGCGCCUGGUGUUACCUGGCGUAGGUUCUAUUUAUUUCUUCUUAAAACUUGGUUGCUUUCCAGUGUCUUUAAAGUGGUAAUAGUAGAAUAUAAAAUUAUAUUGAAUAACUUCUCCUUACUUGUUUUCUCAGAACAUCUUUAAUAUGAGGGAGAAUUCUUUAUGAAGGACACAGUAGUUUCAGAAUCUAUUCGUUUGCGGCUUUCAAAGAAUUUUUGACAGAGCUUACCCAAUGUAAACAGAUUUCAACAAUUGAAAACCAAACAUUCCAACCUGAGCUGUGAGGAACAGAGUGUGAUACUAGCGUCAUAAGGCAUCGCCUCCUGGCGAGGUUCUGAUGCGGGACUGUGAUGCUGGCUUCUGACCGGUGACCGCUGGCCGUGGUAUGGUCUGGCCGUGUUCCUGGAAGAAUAGUGAAAUGUGUGCUCGGGUAACUUGUACUUGAGAUGGACACAAUAAAAGCUGCUGUGGUAUCAAUAUGCCAGGGAUUUAUACACACUAUUACUAAAAUUUUUUUUAACAAAGGAGGAAGGGAAGAAAAUGAUAAAAGGUCAGUGAUAUUUUUUAAUAGCCUCUAAAUUUUUUUUUAAAACCCAAGCCUCUCAGACACUAAGCAGUUGAUUCCUUUGUUUAACACUGCGGGACUUUAAGGGAUAGUUCUCAGAUACUAUCUGCUGUUAGAAUUGACCAUGUGUGUGAAUUUUACAUUGCUUGAAGAUUUUCAAAAAAAUGGAGUAUUUACAUUGCAGUUUAAUGUUUUUUAGAUUUUCUUGUAGAUUGUGUUUCAGUGGACAAGUUACAUAUAUGAUCUGUGGUGCAAGGUCAGAUCCUGGGCAUUAGAGAUAAGUUUGGGUAACUUAAUUUUACUGAAGAUACUAAUUUGUCUUCCCUCUGGUUGCACUGUUGUUUUUUUAAACUAUUUUCUCCUAUUUUCCAGUCUGCAUUGAAGUUCCUUUAGCUCUCACAAUAUAUAGUAAUUGACGUUUCUUAAAGAUUAAAUAUUUGGUGAAUUCUCUUUACACCUAAAAUGUAUACCUUGCAGAGGGAUAAAAAAAUAAAUUUUGCAAUAAACUAUGCGCCGAGUGUGCUGACCGUGUUCGGGGGUUAGUGCUCCGGAGUGCUUAAAGCGGGAUGCCCGACUCCAAGGCCAGUAUGCGGCUGUGGACGGUCUGUGUGGGCACGGCCCGGUAGAAAUAAAUGGGAGCCACAUCUAUAAUUUUUAAUAUUCUAACCGGCACAUUAAAGAAGAAACUGGUGACGUUAACUUAAAUAUUUUAAUUAUCCCAAUAUAUUAAAAAUAUACAAAAUUAUGGAGAUGUUUUAUCUUUUUCUCACCAUUGUAAGUUUCUGAAAUUCACUGUGUAUUUUGCACUCACAGUGCAUGUGAGUUCUGUCUAGCUGCUUUGCAGGUGCUCAGAUAGCCGUGUGUGGCCAAGGGCUGCUAUAUUGGACAGUGCAGAUUCAUGGGGUACAGAGUUUGACUUUAUUUUAAAUUGGGAGAUGGUGAGGUAGGCAUGAAAUUAUGGUACUUUAAAAAUUAGUAUACUUAGAAAAGUAUCUACUAAAAUUAUCCACAUGGUCUUCAUUUUAAAUUUGCUGUAGAAGUAGCUCAAUCUGUUCCAAUUUGCCAAGAUUACCUAAGGAGGAAGAGAUGCCAUGCCUUGUAAAAUACCAUGAGAUGCUCGCUAUAACAGCACAUUAUUAACACAUUUUUCAAUGUGUUCACUAAAUUCUGUCCUGUUUCUUCAAAAUAAUAGCUUAAACUGCAUGUUAAUUGUGUACCUGUACUUGUUUUAUUUUUAUAUUAUUCUUAUAUAAUGUGUAUUAACAAACAGCCCUAGGAUUCUAAUUUUCCUAUGCAUCUGUCUUCCAGUCUUUACUGGUACACUUACUAAGUUGUUACAAGUGGCAGAAAAGUAGAAUGAACCAUUGGUUUUUUUCCAUUAGAUUGUUUUUAUCAUGUGAUCAUGUACCAAGCCAGCUAUAAAUUAUUGUAUUUCUGUAGAAUAUGAAAAAUAGUGUUUAUGUCCUAUCUUUGCUAAAUGUUUGCAAUUUCUAAGUAAACUUUUCAUCUCCUAA